AUGCGGAAUAUGCGGGAAGAGUUUUGCUCAGUCAUCGAAUAUGCAUACACAUGUGAAGAAACACAAGGUGAAGAACGGAACAGUUGUUCUGCGUGCAAGAAAAAAUUUCUCUCAAUCACAAAAUAUGACAAUCAGCUGCAUUGUAUGCGGUAA